UUUAACAUCUUCUGUAUAUUGAAUCUUAUAAUUGUUUUCUGUUUUGCUGUAUGCUUUUUUGGCAGUUUGUACAGAAUUUUGUUACUAUUACUAGCUUUUGAAAGAAUUCCAUUUUAUCUCACUGUUUUACAAUGAGGGCUCUCUUUAUUGGCGAUUCCAUGAUCAAAUACUUGCAUAAGUAUGUAUCUGUUGAAUCACUUGACUUUCAUUUGGACAUUGUUUCCUAUCCUGGUGCAACUAUUGAAAGAUUAGCUAGCAAUAUUUCUGUACACAAAAAUUAUGACUGGGUCUUAGUGCAUGUUGGCACAAAUAAUGCAUCUUUGGAUACUAUUGAAGUAAUACUUAAAAAAUAUAGAGCUUUGGCCACUGAGGUAUUACUUCAUGACCCAGGUGCAAGAAUAAUUUUCUCGAGUAUUGUUCCAAGAGAUUUUGAUUUCCACAGAAAGGAGUAUAAGGAAUCGGAGUAUUAUUUACAGACACUAAACUAUAAGGUUCGAGCCAUAAACUGUGCACUUAAAGAACUAUGUUAUUUUCAAAUGUUUUUCUUUUGCAGUUCUUUCCAGCCAUCUUGGAAAAACUAUCUUGCAAGAGAUGGCUUGCAUUUAAACAGAUGGGGUAAUAAGCUGCUUGCAGGUUGUUUUCUUGAAUCCUUAACAGGAUGCAUCUCAGCAGAUACAGCAUCUAAAAAGAUUGCAAAGACGCAGUCUUCCAACUCUGGUUUUUCUUUUGAUGAUUCAGAGUUUCCUCUAUUGCCAUUUUUUCCCGCAGCAUUUGUUUCUUCUGCUAGGCCAAAGCAAGAGUCUGGCAAGCCAGUUUCUAGGCCUGUGCAACCUGCUAGGCCAAAGCAAGAGUCUGCCAAGCCAGUUCCUAGGCCCGUGCAACCUGCUAGGCCAAAGCAAGAGUCUACAAGGCUAAUUUCUACACCCGUGCAACAGUCAGCUGCUCUGCUGACGAAAGAUAUUUCUUCUCUGCCAUCUUCUAAAGGUAAUACUCAAUUUGUACUGCCUGUGAUCCCAUGCAUUCCAUUCAGUCAGUUUAGUGAAAAUGUUUUUAGUAGUAUUCCCACAUCAAAUAAAUUUUCAGUUUUGCCAACAAAUUGUAAAAUAUUGCAUGGUGGAAUAUUCGCUCGCUCAAAAUUGUUCCUAUUCUAAAAACUGUGUUUAUUGUGGGAAAACAUAUUCUAUGCGGUCCUCGUUUUCAAAUCACCUGAAGAAAUUUAAAUGCCCUCAACCUGUCAAAGACUGUUAUCCUAAACUAUGUGAAAAAUGUUUGAAGUCCUAUUCCUCUAAAUCUUCUUUUUCAAACCAUUUAAAUCAAUGCAACAAAUCAAAAACUCGUGUUUUCUUAUCCCCAUCUGGAAAAAAUUUCAGUAGGGUUUUGGAAACAAAUGCAUGUCUGACAGAAUCAGUGGCAGGACCUGCAAAGGAUCUACAAGCAAGUAGAGAUAUUAAAUUAACAUCUUCAGUUUCAGAUAUUUGUCAAAAAUUUAAACGUCCUUCCAAAGUUAAAAAUACAUAUCCUAGAAUUUGUAAAUUAUGUUUAAAGUCUUAUUCUUCUAAAUCCUCUUUUAGCUAUCAUUUAAAGCGUAGCUGUAAAUCUGAGGUUCAAACUGUAUCAUGUUUGCCAGUUAAAAGUAACUGUAUUGUAUUGGAUAAUAACUCUCACAAGGAAUCAAUAAUAAACCCCAUUGCAGAUGUAGGAAUAAAUCAAAAUGUACAUAAUUCUCAAUUUAUGAGUGAUAAUUAUGAAAAAUCCCCAAAAAGUUUAAAAUGUGGUAGCAUUAUUCCUGUAAAACCUUUUAAAAGUCGUCAAGAAACUUGCAAUUUUACCAAGAAAAAUGAACUGUUUUUUUG